GUACCGUUGUCACUGUCAUCUUAAAUGUCAAAAACAAAAAAAUUGUUAUGGUGAUUCGAUAGCUAAUGUUUAUUAUUUUACUGCAAUAAAUAGUGUUAAAUUCGCUUUUCAAAUGGCACCGGUGUUUUCCAAAGAAAUAGUUAAGAUUACCUAAUAUACAAAGCAUUACAAAGAAAGAAAAUGUCGGUGGAAAUCAUUGAAAAUUCAGUCCAUAUUGGUGGUAUCGACGACGAUAACUCUUCAGUGAAAGAAAAUGAAUUAUCCAGUGAUUCCGGCGUUGAUACGCUGGAGUCAUGCUCUGUAACAUAUCCUCCAUCAUCUGAAUCAGAUAUAUCGCAUAUAAAGAUUCCCGAAUCGGAUUUAUUUCAAGUUGAAAGCACUCGUGAAGAUCUCUUUUCUACAAACGAAAGUAGUUCACCUUCUUCACUUCUUGAAUCCAUAAGUUCUGAUAAUAUACAGAAUGGAUACUCAAAUGCCGAACACAGUUGUGGCGUUCAUCAACAUAGUGAUACUGACAAUCUCUCAUUAGAGGAGGGAAGAAUCAAUAACAUAUCAGUUUGUUUAACAGAAAACAAGUCCUUAUCUGCAUCUGUUAAUAAUAUAACAGACAUACCGGAGUCUUCCAUAGACCUUAAAAAGUCAACCACUAGUCUAAAUGUACCUGUAGAAAAAUGUAAUAUAGAUAUGUUAAGUAGAAGUGCAGAAAAUUUGACAAACUUAAUAGAAUCUGAAAUUAUUUCAAGUACGGAUGCACUAAAUACUGAAGAAAUUCUCACACAAUUUGAUAAUCAAAAGCGAAAAGUAGCAGCAACUCAGAAAAUUGUACAAGAUACCCAGCCACACAACGAUUUAAAAAGUAGACUGCCAAAGGAGAUACUAUCACAAGACAUUGGUAGUAUUGUGAGAAAUGUUCAUGGUAUAUUUUCAUCUGUUUCGGGCAGUUUAAAAAGUGCAUACAACAAUCAACGGGUGGUCCAAAAACCAACUAAAAUAGUAAAACCAGUUAAUACAAAAUUAUUAAGUGAUAUUUUUGAAGAUGGGGUGGAGAAAUUGCCAAUGCUUGAUACUAAUGAAAUCCCAAAUGUACCUGAGAUUCCAAAACCACUAGAACCAGAUGGUGACAUUAAUAAAGACUUCAGUAAACUCCAAAUUGAAUCAUUAGAGAGGGUUUUAGCUGAACAAAGAAAAGAUAACAUAUCUCUGAGAGAAAAGGUCAAAAGGCAAAUGGAAGAAUUACAGGCCAAGGACCAGUCAUUUAAGGAGCUAGAAGUCAAAGUUGACCUGAUGUCAAAACGUACAGAGCAAGCUCAACGCGAAAAAGACGCGGCAGUUAUGCGCUACGCCAGCCUUGAGUGUUCAGUUAUAGAUGCGAAGAAGUCAGCAGAAAAUGCUGUCAAAGCUGAAAAGGCCGCCAUUGCUGAGAAGGACCUACUUUUUAAUAAACUGAAGACUGCUCGAGAUGAGAAACAAAGGAUUUGUCAGAUGUAUGAUGAUAAGUGUCACGAAGUAUCGAAUACAGAACGGGAAUUGGCUAAAGUGCGUGAGGAGUUUAAAGAGUUGGAGGGUAGACUGAAGUGGACCCAGAGCAAGUUGCGGGUAGAAAUGGAUGCUUAUAAGGAAAGUACCGAGCGGGCGGAUAAACUCGCACAACAACUCACCGAGUUAGAAGCGGCGAAGGAAGCAGCUGUUUUGAACGCCGCAGAUUCCUUAAAGGCUAGGCAAUUGGAAAGUGAGUUAAAAGAAACUCAAGCGACACUUAUACUAUGUAAGCAUGAGAAGGAAGACCUGGACAAAAGACUGACUAUCGCUCUACAGCAGUUUGAGACUUGUAAGGGGGAAAGGGAUGAGGUGACUAGUGCGCUCUCUCUCGCACAGGCUGAGUUGGAAAGAGUGAAGGCGCACGCCAGGAGUCUCGAAGAGGAGGUUGCUGAGUUGGCAGCAUUGAGGGCUCAGGCAGCGCUGGCCGAUACGCUUAGCUCACAAUUGCAAAGGGAAACCGAACUCCGGAACCAAGCUGAAACGUCAUUAGCGUUGGAAAGGGCGCGGUCCGAGACGUGCGUACGUCGCGAAGCAGCAGCCCUCGAACACGCCGCGAAGCUCACGGCGACACAUGUGGCUGAACGUGCACGCGCGUCCGAACAUGAAGCUAAGGCGCAAGCGCUGUCAGCGGAUAAUUCGUCACUUCGUGAGCGUGUAACGUUCUUGGAAGCGGAGAUUUCUUCACUGCAAAUAUCGUUGAAUGAUGAAAUGGAGAGGAGGAAUAAGGAAACAAGAGUUUUAGCGAGAAAAGUGGCUGAAUUGACGACAGAAGCAGCAGAAGCUAACAAGAAGUUGGAGUGGGAGAAGGGAGAAGUUGGUGUCUUGAAGAAGAAACAUGCCAGUGCUGUGAAAGAGUUGAAUCGUGAACUCCAGCGUGCGUUGAAACGCAUAGAACAACUGGAAGCCAAGUUACCGCAAAAUGGUGAUACUACUUCUACUAGAACUGGCUCUGUGACGUCACUAAGCAGCGGCGAAGGCCCCGAAGAGAAGUUACACAACGGACACCAAACUGACUUACCAGAUAUACAGAUAAAGUGCGGUUUCGUUGAAAAGAUUUUUCCAAAGACCAGAGAACCAGAUAGACAAGCCCUAAUAGAACGAAUAGUCCAACUCCAAAGAGCGGCAGCAAGACGCGCUGAACGAUGCGAGUUCCUGGAAGAACAUUCGAAGCAGUUGACCAAUGAAUUGCGGGGGAAAUCCCGUUUGUUGCGACAUCUUCUUGCGUCUAUGCCCGCUGGAGCUGUCACCUCACAGAACAGUGAUAAAAAUAAGCUGAUACGGAAGCUAACCAAGAAAGAGAUAGCGCGUCUCGGCGGGGGAGCAAUGGCGGCUGUGUGGGGGGGAGAUCCGAACGGAAUAACUCUUGAGCUCUCGCUUGAGAUUAAUAAGAAGCUUCAAGCUGUCUUGGAGGACACGCUACUUAAGAAUAUAACUUUAAAGGAAAAUAUUGAUACCUUAGGAGAAGAAAUAUCAAGAUUAAAAAGUAAAAGUGUUAUAACUAAAUAAUUGUAAAAAUCAUCUUUGAUUUUGUGUUGAAUUUCUUAUAUACCAGUGGCGCUACAACCUUUUUAGGUCUGGACCUCAGAUUUAUCUAUCUGUUUCAUGAUAUGUCAAUCUAAUAGGCAAGUAGGUGAUCAGCCUCCUGUGACACGCCGUCGACUUUUUGUGUCUAAGGCAAGCCGGUUUCCUCACGAUGUUUUCCGUCACCCGAGUGAAUGUUAGAUUGACAAAAUAGUAAAUUGGUGCACAGCCGGGGAUCGAACCGUCGACCUCAGGGAUGAAGCCACUAGGCCAACAUUGCUCUAAAUUUCUUAUAAAUUAAUUUAAAAAUUAUUAAAUUACGUUGGCGCACUCAAUUGAAGUUGGAUAAAAUCAUAUUAUGAUAUUCACGAAUUAGAUAUAUUUAAAUUAUUAUGUAUAGGUACAUAAUGAAAAUUUAAAAGCAGUGU